AUGCUUGCAGAACCCGGCCAAGCUGCGGGGGAGCCGGAGCAGCUCGGAGCAGUCAAGCUGGAGGAAGAGGAGGAGGCUGCCAGCCAGGAGGACCCUGGGCGGCCAGAGGCCAGGCCCCGGCCCGAGGUGGCUCACCAGCUCUUCAGGUGCUUCCAGUACCAGGAGGACAUGGGGCCGAGGGCAUCCCUGAGCCGGCUCCGGGAGCUCUGUAACCACUGGCUGCGACCGGCUCUGCACACCAAGAAACAGAUCCUGGAGCUGCUGGUGCUCGAGCAGUUCCUGAGUGUGCUGCCCCCACACCUCCUGGCCCGGCUGCAGGGCCAGCAGCUCAGGGAUGGCGAAGAGGUGGUACUGCUCCUAGAGGGUGUCCAGAGGGAGUCUAGCAACGUGGGGCCGCUGGAUUUCAGUUUUAAUGCUGGCAAGAAUUGUCCCCGUGCAGACGUCACCUUGGAGGAACAGGGGGGCUCUUUCCAAGUCUCCAGCCACAGUCCCAAGAAGGAAGCGCCCUCAGAAGGGCCUCCAGCCCUGGAGCCAUCGCAGGCGCUCCCGCCAUCCCAGUCGGGGUCCUCCAAGCCUGCUGAGAUCGGGGACUGGAGACGUCCCCUGAGUUCAAGGCAGCCACUGAGCCCAGGUCCCAAGAGGACUUUGCAGGCCCCGCAAGAGAGCGCCCUCCAGGGCCCCGAGCUGUGGCCGGAGGAGAGCUCGGGAGAUCAGGAGCUGGCAGCGGUGCUGGAGUCCCUGACCUUUGAAGACGUCCCAGCAAAGAAGGCUUGGCCUGUGCAUCCUCUGGGAACUGGAGGCAGAACCCUAGAAGAGGCUUUUAAGGCAGAAGAGCCGAAAGGGGUGUCCUGGCCCUUGGCUGCCUCAGCAAACUCUCAGGCAGAGAGCCCCAGGGUGGCAGAAGAGCCCCACGCCCAGUCGCUAGGAUCAGGCCCUGAGACGAGCGGCCCCGGAGGAGAAAUGUCCCCUCCCGGCAGGAGUGAAGUUCUCAAGGUCAAAGCAGCCGAGGGCGCCCCCAAGUCGGACUCGGAACUCAAGUUCAUCUGCACAGACUGCGGCGUCAGCUUCCCGCAGUUGGCCCGCCUGGAGGCGCACCAGCUGCGCUCGCACCCAGGCGCGCGGUCCUUCUUGUGCCUGUGCUGCGGGAAGGGCUUCGGCCGCAGCUCUAUCCUCAAGCUGCACAUGCGCACGCACACAGACGAGCGGCCGCACACCUGCCACCUGUGCGGCCACCGCUUCCGCCAGAGCUCGCACCUGAACAAACACCUGCAGACGCACUCCUCCGAGCCCGCCUUCCUGUGCGCCGAGUGUGGCCAGGGCUUCCAGCGCCGGGCGCGCCUCACGCAGCACCUGCUGGCGCACGCCCAGGACCAGAAGCCCCCUGGCGGCGCCCCGGAGACCAAGCCCCCGGCACCCCCCGAGCUGACCGUCGUCCUGUGCUCCCACUGCGGCCAGACCUUCCAGCGCCGCUCCAGCCUCAAGCGCCACCUGCGGAUCCACGCCAAGGACAAGGGCCACCAGUGCUCCGAGUGCUCGAGCAGCCUGCGCCCCGGGCCCGAGCGCCGGCCCUAUGUGUGCGGCGAGUGUGGCAAGGCGUUCCGGCGCAGCGAGCACCUGGGGGCCCACUGGCGCGUGCACACGGGCGAGCGGCCCUUCUCCUGCCAGGUGUGCGGCCGCAGCUUCAGUCAGAGCUCCCAGCUGGUCUGUCACCAGCGGGUGCACACGGGCGAGAAGCCCUACGGAUGCCCGCACUGCGGAAAGCGCUUCAUGCGGCGGGCCGGGCUCGCCCGCCACCUCCUGACCCACGGCGGCCCGAGGCCCCACCACUGUACCCAGUGUGGCAAGAGCUUCAGCCAGACCCAGGACCUCGCCCGCCACCAGCGCAGCCACACAGGCGAGAAGCCCUGCCGCUGCAGCGAGUGCGGCGAGGGUUUCAGCCAGAGCGCCCACCUGGCGCGCCACCAGCGCAUCCACACCGGGGAGAAACCCCACGUCUGUGACACCUGCGGUCACCGCUUCCGGAACAGCUCCAACCUGGCCCGCCACCGCCGCAGCCACACGGGCGAGCGGCCCUACAGCUGCAAGCAAUGUGGCCGGAGCUUCCGGCGCAACGCCCACCUGCAGCGGCAUCUGGCCACCCACGCCGGGGCGGGGGACGAGGCCGCAUCUGGGCCGGCUGAGCCCCCGCAGGAGUGCCCGGAGUGUGGCAAGGUCUUCAGCCGCAGCUGCAACCUGCUGCGGCACAUGCUGGUGCACACCGGGGCCCGGCCGUACUCGUGCGCACAGUGUGGCCGCAGCUUCAGCCGCAACUCCCACCUGCUGCGCCACCUGAGAACCCACGCUCGAGAGACUCUGUACUAG